ACUUGAAUUUUCAAACAAAAAAAUAUUAAAGAAUUUUAUCAACUUUGGCUUUUUCUUUUUUCUAUCACAAUGCCAUUUUUUUAUAAUAAUAUACAUGCCAAUGAAAAGAUGAAAGGGAAGCAUGGAUUAAAAAUUGGCAAGUAGUGUUUUGUUGUUUGAGUAAACAAAAAGAAAAAGAAGAAAAACUGGAUCUGAAGAGUGGACUUGACACACAGCAUCUUUGUCUUGUGUCAGUGUAUGUUUGAGAGAUGGGUGGUUCAUGGAGUAACAAUAAUAACAGAAACAGAAGAAGAAACAGUUACCAUGAACACUACCCACCUCCUCCUCCAACCUACUAUUAUCAAUACUCUUCUCAACCUCACCCUAUGAUGCCACAGCCUCAGCCUCCUCAAGGUUACUUUCCUCCUCAUUCUCAUCACUUCUACUCAAAUCUCCCUCACCACCCUUCCUAUGCAGCAGCAGCCGCAACAACGACGACAAAUACUCAACCGUUCGGAGUAGAUUUGAAUGUGAAUGUUGUUGCUCAACCACCUCCACCACCGCCGUAUGUUGACCAUGAAACUGCAAAGAAGGUAAAGAAUGAUGUCAAUUUGCAUAAACAUACUCUACAGCUCCACCUGGAUCCCAACAAUUCCGAUCACCACUUGAUUUCCUUCGUUUUCGACGCCCUCUACGAUGGCAGAAUUACAAUCUUUUACUUAGCGAAAGAAGAAGAACAUAAAUGUAGGUUUUUUCCUCUAUUUCCUGAAGCGUUUGAGCCGAUAACGUUCCCCUUUCAGAAAGGAGUUGGUCAGAAAUUCUGCCAGCCUUCAGGAACAGGCAUUGAUUUAGGUUUCUUUGAGUUGGAUGAUCUUUCAAACCCUUCACCUGAGGAAGAUGUGUUUCCUCUUGUAAUAUGCGCCGAAACAACGCCUUUGGCAGAUCACGAAACUCCCUCUAGUUCCUUUGUAGAUGCAUCCCCUCAUAUGCAAAUAACUCAAGCUGUUUUGGAGAAAACCAAUGGAACUGGUCCUUUUCAGGUUAAAGUAGUUAGGCAGAUUCUAUGGAUCGAUCAAGUUCGUUAUGAACUGCGAGAGUUAUAUGGAAUUGGUAACUCAACAGCGCCUGAUUUCGAUCGUAAUGAUCCUGGAAAAGAGUGUGUGAUAUGCAUGACUGAACCCAAGGAUACUGCUGUCUUACCUUGCAGGCACAUGUGUAUGUGUAGCGAGUGUGCGAAAGCGCUGCGUGUUCAGUCAAAUAAUUGCCCUAUAUGCCGCCAACCUAUCGAGCAACUUAUAGAGAUCAAGAUAAACGACGACGAUGACGAAUGACACCAUUUUUCCUUGAAGCCAAACUGAACAAGAGCAUGUUCUUUUUUCUUCACUUAAUGUAAAUUGCAGUCAAAGUAAUCUGUUUAUAGUUCAUAUGCAAUGUAAUCAAAUAGAAAAAUUAGACUCUAUGUGGUUUUGCAUAAUCUAUAUUGUACAUGUGAUUAUUUUGUUUUGGUAUGUGACUUUGUGAGUGAUAUUUAUGAGAUGAACAGUUGUAUUGUAGAUUUGAUUUGGUCACUGGAAAAUCUUUUUUGUAAUGUAUCUUAGGAGUGAAGGUUCCUCUAAUGUGUUGUGUUUUUGAAAA